AUGACUGGCGUGAAAGCUGAACCUAAUGCCGAUGAUAUGGCAACUAUUCAAGAGAUCCCUACUACAAAGAAAUCCAAGGUCAGUUCUAGCGAUGCUUCCCAUAGUAAUCGCCAAGCUCUGGCUAGCAAAUCUGUAAACCAAAGCAGAACACCAAGUAAUAGUAGAGAGAAGGAACUGCAAAUGCGCAAAUUCGAAAGUUUCCUUUUGAAACCCGGUCAAGUACCUGCUGGUAAGGAUUGUUUAACAGAUUCAGUUAAGAAGGAAAAGGUGCAAGCCAAAUCGCCUGUCAGUUCGGCGGCUACUUCGGAAGAAUCGAGUUUAAGAGAAGGUGUUGAACCAGAUGAAAUUCCAACGAAAAGAUCAGCUGAAAAGGAUAUUGUUCAACCGUUCAAAAGAAGAGAAUUAAAUGAAAAGUUCGAAGAAUUGUCAAAUUUUGUAGAAGAUACGGAACAAGUUAAACAAUUAGAUAAUCCAGGUGAAUACGUCAAAAUCGAUAAGCUGUUAUACCAACCACAAGAAGAUGAAAAUGGGUCAAUUUUCCAAGAAUUAGAACAACAAUCCGAGAGGGAAUUCUGUACUCAGGCCUCAUCUUGGUCAUUGCAAGAAUGGAUUCAAAAUGGUCAACAUUUACUCAAUACUCAUGCGAAACUUGUUGGGAAACUUGUUAAACAUAGAAUCGAAUUGUCCAUAAAAUUCCAAGUCAUUACAAAUGCUAUUAAUGAUAGAGCUGAUGCACUUAACGCCCAAGGUAUCUUAGUAGAUCAGAAAUUGCAAAGAAUCAAAACAUUAGGGGAAGAAAUACUUCAUAUAAUUUAA